AUGUCGCCCAUCUUUGCGAACUUCAGAAACCUUCUCGCCGUUAGAUUGUGCUCUACGGUGGAGAUCUUGUCGUUUCGCGCCGUCGCGAGCUACUUGGUCAUCUCUGCAUUUAGACCGUGCUCUGCAUUGGAGAUCUUGCCGUUCGGCGCCGUCUUCAUCUUCGUCUUUAGGUUGUGCUCUGAAGCGGCGAUCUUUUGGUUUGGCACCGUCGAGUGCUACUUGCUCUGCUUCGUCUUUAGAUUGUGCUCUGAAGCGCAGCUCUUGUGGUUUGGCUUCAUCGUAUGUUGCUGUCAGGUUCUGCGCAACUGCGUGCUCUACAAAGUCUUCUUCGCGAGCUUUGUCGACAAUGACUUCCGCAGCAGCCUCGCUCUCUGUAAUAAGACCAUCCCGUUUGCCAACGUUGUCUAUGACGACGGUGCUCGCAUCAGCAUCCUCCCAAAAUACGCCGUCGAGGUUCACAUGCCCGUCCUUGACAAGUGCAUCUUCAUGUUUCACCACUGA